GCUGCUUCCCUCUUCCGGGGCCAAUGCUGCGGAGGCCGCAAGUCCGAGGAUUCCGCUCUGGGACUCGAGUCAAUGGCGGACCUGCUGUACCUGGUAUUGGGCUAUUUGAGCAUCUGGUCUCAGAUGGAGCAACAGGAACUGGACCAAGUCUUUAUGCCUGUUUUUUCAGCCAUGUCUUGGCUGAGACUCCUCUACAGCCUGCGCGGCGAGCGGUGGCUGGGACUUCGUCUGCUACCCAUCCUGUCGGCCGUCAGGGAUACGUGGUCGUUUUUUCUUGUGACCGUCCUGUGCCUAGCAUCGGCGACACAUGCCUAUUUCAUCUUAAACCCUAGAGGGGAAGACCCACUGCCGAUAUACUCUGCCUUCACCCAUACAGUACGCCUUGGCAUUUUUGGAGACUUCGACCUCUUCGAGUACCAGGGACAAGACACAACCUUCGCAGUUGAUGCUACAGGUGAGUGGGUGCCCAAUGAUCCGGUCCCCGACGAAAUCGGCUCUUUCUCGUUCGUGUACCUGCAAGUCAUCUUUUUCCUCACAGGCGUCGGGAUCACCAUCCUGCUCAUGAACUUGCUGAUCGGCGUCCUGGGCCAGAACUACGAGAUCCACACGGAUCGGGCUCAGGUCCUCUUCGUGCGGGCCCGGGCCCGGAUGCUUUUGGAGCACCGGAGUCGUCCCCAGGCCCGGCUCUCGCGGCUCCACCGAAAGCUGCGCUCAAAGAGGGCCCGAGCCAAGGACCCGGAAGCCACGGAGAAAGGGAACGAAAUGUCCGCCUGCCAUCUCUGCACGGCUGUGGUGGUUCUCCUCUGCUUCCUGCCAGUCAUGUUUACUGUGAUCGGCUCUCGCCACUGGGACGGCGUCAUGGGCCCCGCGCGCCGCAGAGUGUUUCGGCACAAAACGCUGACUUUUUUGCUGUUCCUGAUCUUUCCUGUCCUCCUGGCAAUGUCACUGGCGGUGGCUUUGCCUGUCGCGCUCGGCUUGAUGAGUUUUUGGCUCCUCGGCUUCCGCAUCGAGGGCAUGCAGUAUGCAAUGAACCUCACUAUCUUCCGGGUUUUCGGGAAUGAGCCGGCUUCCGAGUGCACCAUUUAUGCCAUGGUCCGGACCGAGUCGGGCGUUGACGAGCUGCGCGGCAUGCGGACCGAUCUCAAGGACAAAAUGCAGAAGCUGGAGGAUGUCUUGCAGAAGCAGCAGAAGGCUCACAAGGCGCCAAGUGAUUCGCCUUUCAUAGAUGCUUUAAUGGUAGGCUUUUUGGGGUUUGGGGUUUAG